AUGAAUUGCCCCCGAACCGACGAUACAGUCCAGCACCCAAGUUGGAAUUUCAAUCCACUACGUUCAAAUUCAGAAACCAUCACACCAAGUCUGUUAAAUGGUCAUCGAAACUCCAAAAUCCACCAUAAUGACGCGACCAACACCGGAUGUACAGCCGGCGAUGAUACUUUGUCCACAACUCCACAACAGCAAAGCCGGAAAGAGCAAGACCCCGAAAAUGAGAAGACCGUCGACGGUGAUUCGGUCGCUGCUAGAGUCACAGGGUGGGAACCACCCUCGAGGACUAGAAAACUACCUCACCGUUUUCUCCAACCCAUCCUUACAUCUUCAUAUCUUCAAUUCACGGGCAGCAUGGCCAAGUUUGCUCGCUUCGUGGGGCCUGGAUUCCUUAUUGCGGUCGCCUACAUUGAUCCGGGAAACUACUCCACAGACGUCUCUGCCGGAGCGGAUUUCAAGUACAGCUUGCUGUUCGUUGUUCUCAUGUCUAAUCUCUUCGCUAUACUCUUGCAGUCCCUGUGCAUUAAGCUAGGUACUGUGACAGGCCUAAAUUUAGCGGAGAAUUGUCGAGAGCACCUUCCGCGAUGGCUGGUCAUCAUUCUCUAUAUCUUCGCGGAGGUGGCUAUAAUUGCAACCGAUAUUGCAGAGGUGGUCGGAUCGGCAAUCGCGCUAAAUCUGCUUCUAAAUAUCCCAUUGGUGGCCGGAUGCGCCAUCACUUUGGUGGAUGUCCUCUUUCUGCUCCUCUUCUAUCGGCCAAACGGGUCAAUGCGGGGGUUGCGCUGGUUCGAAUUCUUUGUUAUGGCCCUCGUUCUGGGAGUCGUCAUAUGCUUCUGCAUCCAACUCUCCCUUAUCAAGAACCAGUCAGUCGGGGAAGUCUUCCGAGGCUACUUGCCAUCAACUGCCAUUGUCCAAUCAGAAGGCCUCUAUCAGAGCUGUGGCAUCCUCGGGGCUACCGUUAUGCCACAUUCCCUAUUUCUUGGGAGUGGGGUUGUCCAGUCUCGCCUGAAGGAAUUUGAUGUCACAACAGGCUAUGUGGACGCCUCUGUUCCACUUGGAAGUAACGGCGGCGCGGUAGAAUACCGGCCUUCUAUCCACGCUAUCCGAGGAUGCAUGAAAUACUCGAUCAUUGAGUUGGUGCUAGCGUUAUUCACAUUCGCACUGUUUGUUAACAGCGCCAUACUCAUUAUCGCCGGUGCUUCUCUAUACGGUCGUCCUGACAAAAACGAUGCAGACCUUUUCGGAAUCCACAGGCUACUUUCCCAGUCGAUCGCGCCCGCCGCUGGUCUGGUUUUCGCCCUGGCCUUGUUACUGUCAGGAUUAUCUGCUGGCAUUGUCUGCACUAUGGCGGGUCAGAUGGUGAGUGAGGGAAUGUUGAAUUGGAGCCUGCAGCCCUGGCUUCGCAGACUCAUUACUCGUUCUAUCAGCAUUGCUCCCAGUAUCAUAAUUGCCGCUGCCGUCGGGAAGCCUGGACUAGACCAGACCCUUAACGCCAGCCAAGUUGUUUUGAGUGCUAUCUUACCGUUUGUCUCCGCUCCACUGAUUUACUUUACAUGUUUCAACCGUUACAUGAGCGUCCCGGUGGAGGUCGGUGAUCGUGAGGAUGACGUUCAGGUGGAACAAGUUUCGAUGCGAAACAGCUUAGUGCUCUCAAUAACUGUGGUGCUCGUCUGGCUGCUCAUUGUAGUAAUGAAUGUGGCAUUGCUGAUUAUGGUCGGGAUGGGUAAAGCUUAG